AUGGCCAAACAAAUGGGAGCCACGGAUGCGUUCAAUGCGAUUGUUCAGAAGAUUGACGAGGCUUUGAUUCAAGCGGAAUCCCAUUUCCGCGGAUUGUGCCCCGACACCGAAUCAACGAAAGUCAGCAGUGCUCCGGACACCACCGUCCUCCACAUUCCGUCAGUUAGCCCCUCUUCUCAGUUCCGAACUCUAUCGUUUUCAGCCAAUCAGAGCGCUCUUGUUCUCCGAUCGCUCCCCGUGCUCCGCCAUCGUCCGCUUUCUUCGCCCCCAGCAGCAGAUCCUCUUCCGGCUCUUCGGUGCAUCUGAACGUCAAAAGCAAGUCGUACGUGACUCUCGACAAGAAGAAGGCCGUUGUGAUGACGUCGUUCAAGUCGAACGUGCCGAUCGCCGACGCGGAAGUUAACAAGGUUCAGAAGCUGUGAGUUCAAAUGAGAACUGCGACGAUUACGCAGAUGGAAACUUUCAGGAUCGAGAAUCUGUUCGGCAAGAAGACGUCCUCCACGUCGUCCAUUUCGACGUCGUCCGCUUCGUCCGUCCAGUUCUAG